CGCUUCGCAGUGGUAGAGAAAUUCACACGCAGAGUAAAAUUGAAAAUAUGAAAACGUGCCAAAAAAGUGUUUGAGAGCCAAGCAAAAGUAGUUUGUGUGCAAAAGUAUGUUUGCAUCGGUCCCAAGGACUGUAGUUCAUGUGCUCCAGUGAGUGCACAAUAAUGCCGAUUGUGGGAAAAGCGCUCAAAAUCUCACACACUCCAUCGCACCAUUGAAUUUCGUCCGGGAGGAGGAGGAACACAACAUUCUGUGCGACACCCAGAAUUUCACACAGAGAGAGCGAGACAAGUUUUCUACCACAUCAGAAUUUCCACCCACUGAAAAACACCCAUUUCAUCCGACAUGGAGUCGCUUGCUGUACAGCAAUUUAUUGAUGCCGUGAGUAGUCGCAAAGCGGUUUCACCGGCCACGGCAAUAAAAUUUCUUCUGGCUCGCAAAUUCGACGUGCCACGAGCUGUUGCUCUCUAUGAGCAGCAUGAAUUGAUUCGUCAAAAGGAGGGCCUCUACAGCUUCGACCCGAUGUGCGAUCCGCUGAGGAGUGAACUGGAGACUGGAAAGUUCACCAUUUUGCCCCAGCGCGAUGCAACAGGCGCCGCGAUAGCGCUCUUCACCGCCAAUCUUCACUAUCCCAUGACGGUGACCCACAAAACCACUCUCCAAGGCGUCGUUUAUCAGCUGGAUGUGGCGCUGCAGAAUGCCGAAACCCAGAAGUCAGGCCUAGUCUUCAUCUACGAUAUGAGCGGAUCGAAGUAUUCCAACUUUGACUACGAUCUGUCUCAAAAGAUCCUGACUCUGCUCAAAGGCGGCUAUCCGGCGAGGCUGAAGAAGGUGCUUAUCGUGACUGCGCCGCUGUGGUUCAAGGCUCCGUUCAAGAUCCUACGCCUGUUCGUGCGUGAGAAGCUGCGGGAGCGCGUGUUCACGGUGUCCAUACCGCAGCUGAGUCUGCACAUCCCGCGCGAAUCGCUGCCGUCGCGCCUCGGCGGCACGCUGAGCAUUGAUCAUUCCACAUGGUUGUUGCAGUGCUUCAAGACAUCGAUGACGAAUCGUGAGGACGAACUCCUGGCAAAUAGCAUCGGACAGACGCCCGGCCAGCAGCAGCCGCAGAAUUCCACCUCGGACCUUACGACAAUCACAAGCACAUGCGGGCAGAGCCCCAAUCAGAAUGAACCGCAGCCGCUGAGUGAUGGCGCCACGGGCCAGAUCAGCGAGCUGUGGUCAGAGAACCCACCGAGCAGCGCUUCGUCGGGCUUUAGCGAUGACGACAGCCUGGCCGGCACGGAGGGCGACGCGCGGACGAUAGAGCAAAUUGUACAAAUGGUGCGUGAGCGUGGCCGCCAGGGGCUGGUGCAGGAGUACCUGGACAUCCGAUCGCGCGCGCCAGAGGGCACAUUCACCAACGCCCGGCUGCGCAACAAUCUGGCCAAGAAUCGCUACACGGACGUCCUGUGCUACGACCACAGCCGCGUGGUGCUGUCGCAGGAGGAGGAGGAAGAUCCCUCGUCCGAUUACAUCAACGCCAACUUCGUGGACGGCUACCGGCAGAAGAAUGCCUACAUCUCCACACAAGGCCCCCUGCCCAAGACGGCCAACGACUUCUGGCGAAUGGUGUGGGAGCAGCACUGCCUUGUGAUCGUGAUGACGACACGCGUGAUGGAGCGCGGCCGCAUCAAGUGUGGACAAUACUGGGACACGGCAGAGGGCAAUGCCAAUGAAUUCGGACAGUUCAGGAUCCGGACAGUAUCUGUAGACACGAAGGAGGAUUACACAGUAGCAUCUCUAGAGCUUACCAACACAAAGACUGAAGAAUCGAGAAACGUAUCACAUUGGCAAUUCACGAGUUGGCCAGAUUAUGGCGUUCCUGCCUCCGCCAUGGCGAUGCUCAACUUCCUGCAGCGCGUCCGGGAGCAGCAGGCCAAGAUGGUCAAGGCGCUGGGCGACACUUGGGCAGGUCAUCCGCGUGGGCCACCGAUUGUUGUUCACUGCAGUGCUGGCAUUGGACGCACUGGCACAUUCAUAACCCUGGACAUUUGCAUAUCGCGCCUGGAGGAUCUCAGCACAGCGGACAUCCGAGGAACCGUGGAGAAGAUCCGAUCGCAGCGCGCAUAUUCAAUUCAGAUGCCGGAUCAGUAUGUCUUCUGCCACUUGGCGCUGAUUGAGUACGCGUUGUCGCGAGGGAUGCUGCAGUCUGCCGAUCUGGCGGGCUUCGACGAUCGCGAGGAGGAGUCUGAGUAAAUUGUGCUGGUGACAAUUGUUCAGGAGAAUCGUUGUUUUUAUACUUUUUAAGUGUGAGUGCGAGAGAAGGAGAAAACAUGAUCGUGUUAAGCAUUCUCAGAAUCAUCUUCGUUCUGUGUCCAUUUCCUCCUCCUCCUCUUAUGAACAUCGAAACUAUCACUCAUUCUCAGCUGAGUGAGAGAGAGAUCAUUUUGUUAGCAAAGCGGAAAGGGUACAAUUUUCCUCUAAACUGAGAGUCUAUAUGAGAAUAUUUCUUGACUCAUCACGCAUCAAUAUUCUAUUCCUCCGUUGUGUGUGAGGAAGAGAAGAGCAGAAAAAAUGAAACCGCACAUAUUUAUUCAUUACUCAGUCUCCGGACCAAGAAUUAUAGGCAAGAAAUAUUAAAUCGAUCAGCAUAGGAGAUGAUAUUUAAUCAAUUUUUCUUAGAUAAUGGCAAAUAAAUUUGAUACACUGAGAAAAGAGAAUCGCGGAAUAUUUCUCAAUAACACUUCUUCGCUAUGAAUGGGCCUAAAGAGAGUUACCAACUUUUCUUCCACUUCAAUGAAUUCAAUUGACUACUUGAUUGUCGUUUCCGUUCAAAUUGAACAUUUUUACCUGACAAAACCGUCCUAGAAAGUUUUUUCUCCUUAUGUUUUGUCACUUUGCAUUAAUGUGAACAAGAAAUCUAUCAGCAUUUUUCCAAAACUCCCAAAAAUUAUGACGAUUGUAGAGUGAAAAUAAAAUCGAAAAGGAAUGUUUGAACAUAAGCUAGGAGAGUUCAGUAGAAAUUCGCAUAUAGAAACCGUCUUUAGAGCGCUAGAGAGAAAGAAUUAACAAAUUGUAAUUUUUAUAGUGAAAAUUUUUACAUGGACAGAAGAGAAAAAAAUUUCCCCUUUUUCGAAAAUCUAAGCAUAUUUUUCUGGAUAAACAUUAACAUUUAAAAAGAAAAACCAGUAAGAGGAAAUUCAAAAGUAUUCCCUUGUGUAAAUAAGUGAGAAAUUUGCUAAGAAUUCCAGAAUUUUGUGUGAGAGAAGAAUAGGAAGAAUAAAUAAAACAUUAAACUGCAUCAAAGUGUAUCAAGUUGUCACUAAAAAUUUAUCCUCUAAAAGAAUUAAAAAAAAAAACUGAGACCGGAUGUUCUUACAUGUGACGUGAACAAAUUAUAUGCGUAAAAUAGUAAAAAAAAAACAUUUUAGUAAUAUUAGAUAAUAAGGAAAAGAUAAAAGAUGAUGGAAAUUAUGAAUAUAAACAUUGUAAUUUAAGUGAUUUGUAAUAACCAGAAAGGUGAAAGAAAGGAGGAAAUAAUAAAAUAUUGAAUUAUUUAUUACUCUAAAUCAAAUAUUAAAUAUAGCAUUAGUGAGAAUGUAAAUGAAAUUUACCUUCAUACCCAAAACAAAUUAACUCCUUUCAAUGGAAUAGAAUUAAACGGAUUAAACAAUGUCAUAUACCGAAAUGAAGAAAAGCCACAAGAUAUAAAAAAUAGACUUUCGACCUCUUUUGUACAUUUCUAUGAUCCCGAACACCUUCAUCACCACAGUCUGUUAGACUUUACUAUUUUUUGUGAUAAGACGUUCAAAUUGUGUUGUUUCUUCACAGUAAAAACCGUAAGAAUUCUAAACCUUCUCUUCGUGCGCCACAAACAGUCCAACAACAUGUAUUGAAUCAAAUAAAAGAAAACAUUGUAAAAGAAUGUCUCAGAUAUUUAAAGAAAUAAAUAAAUGUAAUUCUCCAUAGUGUUGUAAACGGAUUCAAGAAAUAUAAUUAAUGCAAAGAA